AUGUUUUCAGAAACGGCGAUCGCUCCUCCGCCGCAAAAUGUCUACGAACUGGACAUCCCCAAGCUGCAUGCGCUCCCCUCCGAACAACAGGAGCUCUACAUGCUCACAUUCACCUCUGACCUGGUACAAUACAUAUCGGGCUUGGAGCCAGCACAAGUAUCCUCGCAACAGAAAGAUCUCAAGAAGGAAUUGUUCAAGAUAUUAAACCUCCCCUCACCGACAAUCACUCGAGUCCUCCGCAACAACCUUGGACGAUGCUUUGGCGCAAUACUCAGCAAAGGAGAUCGCGGCAUCCUCUUUGAAACAAUCAGUGACUUGCUAGGAAUCUUGAACGCUAGCAAAAGCGAAGUGGAAAUCAAGACCAAGUUCGCUGCGGCGCAUUGUCUAGGGGAGGUGUUUGCGACAGCUGGCGAGAGCGCGCUCAUGCAAUCCAAUGUCGCGACAUCGGGCACACUGAAAUUACUCAAGUCAGCAAGUAGCCAUACAGGCUUCCGAGGCGUUAUCUUCGCAGUACUGCGCAAGAUCGUUGUUGGAAUUGGAGUCCCGAUUGAUGAAGCAACCGCCCGUGACAUUUGGAAACAGGCCAGAAACGCUGCUGUCAGCGAUAAAUCCACCUUCGUUCAAGUCCAUGCUUGUCGCUGCCUGGAGCAGUUGAUCGCGACAACCUCGUUCUUUGACAACACAAACGACUUCGAGCAUCUCAAAACACUUGUGUGGAAGGUUGUUGACAGCCCCGCUGCGCCGGUGCGUCAUGCUCUCGCUGCUGUUCUUGGUCAAGCAUUGAUCAAAUUGCAUGCGACUGAAGCGCCUACCGCCGCUGCUCCGAAACCGAAAUCGAAGAAAUCGAAACGGAUGUCGAAGAAACCGGGUGCAGGGCUUGCAGACGAGGAAGAAGCGGAGAUGUCUGAACCGUCUGCUCCCAAGAAAACAGACUCGCGCUUGUUUUUCCUUCUUCCAGACUUGCUGAGGCAGCUUUCGUCUCAAUAUGUUAAGAGCAAUACUUCUAACCGCGCUCGUGCUGGAAUAUGUAUAUGCUACAAGUAUGUUCUUCGGAACCUCGGAGACAAGAUUGUCGAAGAGCGUUAUGGACAGAUUGCGACCAAUCUGCUUGUUGAGUUGCUGAACCAUCCGACGGUCACUUAUAAUCGAUUCCGUCUGCUCAUGACCAGGAAGUUUGUUAAGAGCAUUCUUGAAGAUACCAUUGGCCAGGAAUUGCUACGCGAGAACAGUCAACUCAAUGCCGCUAAGUGGUUGAUUAACGAGAUUCUGAAGGACUACCCGCAGGUGAUUCAGGAGCGCCGUGAGCCAAGCAAGUAUACAUUGACAAGUGCUGUCAGCGCUCUGUCAUCGUUGAUCUCAUCGCUUGGUUCUUCCUUCAGCGAACACGCUGAUAGCUGCAGAGACGCGUUGCUUCAGGUUCUUCCUCAUCCCAGCUACACGGUCCAAGUUCAUACAGCGCAUUGUAUGCGGACCUUUGUUCUCGCUUCCCCCCACCAGUUGCUGUCAUGCGUAACGAUUUGCAUGAACAGCUUGAACAGGGAGAUCGGACAGCUUGGCACACCACGUCAGGCGCCUCGUCGAUGUGUUGGCUAUGCAAACGGUUUGUCUGCUAUGCUCAGCACUUCCCGUUUACAGCCAUUGUAUGGCGCAGUUGAUGUGUUUGCCCGCGUCUUCACACAGGCAACCGAUCUCCUCAAGGUCAGCAGCACUUCGGAGCUUCGAGUUGCCAGUAUCCAAAUACAGGUGGCGUGGAUUCUCAUUGGAGGCUUGAUGCCUCUGGGGCCCAGCUUUGUCAAGAUCCACCUUUCACAGUUGAUGCUUCUCUGGAAGAAUGCACUCCCUAAACACCUAAGCAAGAAUAACGUCGCUCAGCCUCGUACUCUUGAGAUUAGCUUCUUGGCCCAUGUCCGAGAAUGUGCUCUCAGUUCGUUGCUGGUCUUCAUGGAGUUCAACAGCAAAUUGAUCACUUCGGAUGGCGCAAAGAGGAUUUCUGCGAUGUUACAAAAUACCGUUGAAUUCUUGGAUGAUUUGCCCAAGCCCAAGGCUAUGGAAGAUCUCUCACAGAGACUCCAUCCUUCUCUUCAAUUGCAGGAUUAUACGACUAUGGUGCGCAGACGUGUCUUGCAGUGCUUCUCAAAGCUUGUGCAUGUCCACCCACCCAGCCAUGGAGAUAUCAUCUCACAGUCCAGUCUGCUCAGUCUAGCCAUCUCGUCCUUCGCAGACCCAGAUGCCCAGUACAAGCAAUUAGAAAGCUCGAUUUCUGGCUCCGCUGGACAAUUCGAUGGUUUAUGGGACUUGUGUGAUAAUUAUGGCUUUGGUGUUACUGGGCUUUCCAGGGAGUACAUACGUGCUACACUUUCUGGGACACAGGAAGAUGACAAGGGACCUGCUUGGUCUGCGAUUGAUUCUGUGGACCAAGUGGUUGAUGAUGCCUUGACGUUUCCUAUCUGCCAAGCCAGCGAGCAUGACGCACUCCUUCUGUACAACUUGCGGGAUGGAGACAAACUUGCCGUUGAUCCUCCCACGACAGGGGUUGUCAACUCGGCCAUAGAUCUGUUCUCCGUGGCCCUUGCACUUCAUUCGCCCAAAAUCCAAGAAAGCAGCGUGGAACAGAUUGCUACUUUCCUCACCUCUCCCAGUUUACAACGGAACCCUGGCAGGAAAGCCGCAUUGGUCAUUAAUAUCUCGGUGGCUCUCUUGCAAACACUAAAAGUAGCUGUUAAAGAGACAGGUUUUGUUGCCGGCAAGCUGAAUCCGUCCACCGACAAGAUUCUGCAAGAGCUUUUGCAGGGCUUUGUUAUUGAUGCCGAUCCAAUUGUACGCACCAUUGGCGCCGAGGCGUUAGGAAGACUUUGUGACAGCGCUGGUAACACAUGUACCAACAUCCAAGUCAAGUGGUUAGUCGAUACCAUUGUCGAGAACAGGGAACCCAACGCUAGAGCAGGCUGCGCCGCUGCUUUAGGGUGUAUUCAUGCUCAAAUUGGCGGAAUGGCAGCUGGUCUGCACCUGAAAACCAUUGUUGGUGUAUUGAUGUCUUUGUGUAACGACCCUCAUCCCGUUGUCCACUUCUGGGCUCUAGGUGGAUUGGAGAGAGUUGCCAAUUCUGCUGGACUGACAUUCUCGCCGUUUGUCUCUGGUUCCUUGGGCAUGCUUUCUCAGCUUUAUAAUGCUGAUACACACAACGAAGAAGCUGCUGCAUUGGCAACCUCUAACAUCGAGAUGUCUUUCUUGACACCUGUUGUGAUCAAUCGAUGUGUGGACUCUCUGAUCAAUGUCCUCGGUCCGGACUUGCAAGACAUUGCAAAGACUCGCAAUCUCAUAUUGACACUGCUUCGUCAAUUCCAGCUAGAGGAGAAUCCGGCGCUGGUGACGGAAAGUUCCAAAUGUUUGGAUCACUUCUCCCUCUACGCAUCUAGCUAUGUGGACUACCCAGGAUAUGUGAAGCGACUGCAGAGGGAGCUUCGCGCAAACAAUUUCCUGAUGCGAGAUGUAGCUGUUCGAGGUCUAAACAACCUCAUGAAGCGUGACGCAUCUUCUGUCAUGCACACAGCCGGUCAGACUUUGGAAGAUGACAUAUGGUUAGCAUUUGAUGAAGCGCCGGAUAACCAAUCACUGAAGUCAAUGAUCCAGGAUUGGUUGCAGCAGACUGCUCUGACAGAAACUGAGGUGUGGAUUCAACGUUGUCAGAAUAUCAUGACCAAGACCCGCAACAAAGUCGAGCCUCCACCCACCACAGUGGUGCAAACAGCUGCGGCAGAUAUCCCCGAUGACGAGGUCGCAGGAUUUGCCGCAGCGGAAGGCCAGGGCGACAUUGCAAAUGAAAGUGUAUCAGGGCAGGAGCUAUUGAAGUGGCAGACACGCCACUUUGCAAUGAGCUGUCUCUCCGAGCUCUUAGCCACCGUCCAAGAGGCGAUUUUACCGGACUCUGCCAUCCCAGCGGAGUUGGCUCUCCAGAAAAACGUUGGAGACGUUAUUAGAAUGGCCUUCUCUGCAUCUACCGCCAACGUAAUCCAGCUGCGCGUGUGGGGAUUGAAAAUCAUUGAUCAAGUCCUAACCAUGUUUGGCAAGACACCCGAUCCGGAUUUUGCGGAAGCUUCCCUGCUGGAGCAAUACCAAGCUCAGAUCGGCUCUGCACUCACUCCUGCCUUCGCUGCCGAUUCAUCUGCGGAGCUGGCCUCAGAGGCGAUCAAUGUGUCUGCCACUUUCAUUGCAACGGGAAUUGUCACAAAUAUUGACCGUAUGGGACGCAUCCUCAAGCUUUUGGUGCUGGGUCUAGAAAACUUCGCCAAUAAUCCGGACACAACCGAGAUUGGCGACCUCAAGGGUCUCAACUCCAAUUCCCGUGUGAUGGUUAAACUUGCCUUGUUCUCAGCUUGGGCUCGCCUGCAGAUCGCUAGCAUUGACCAGGAGUACUUAACCCAGCUCGUUCAACCUUACAUCGCGAAACUCACCCCGCUGUGGCUAUCUUCUCUACAAGAGUACGCUCGUCUUCGCUUCGAGCCUGAUAUCUCCGGUACUUUGGGCACGAGCUCCAGUGGUGACCUGGAUGAGGUUUAUGCUGCGUUGAACCGCGAGACCUUGUUGAAGUUCUAUCAAGACACUUGGUUGUACUUGGUUGAUGCAGUUGCUGGCCUUGUUGAGAAAGACAUCGACUUUGUUUUCGACGCCCUCGAUGGCAAAUUACAGCUGCCCGAGCCCGGCGAGGAGGGCGAGGAACGCAAAGAGAAGGGCCAGAAGGAGGAAUUUAAAGGGAAAGGACACGACAUCAACUACCGCGAAGAGCCAGUGGCGUUCUUCUUCGUGUUGUUCGGGCUGGCUUUCGAAUCUUUGGUCGAUCAAGGAACUUCGGCAUCACAACGGCUAGAGAUCCUCCAGGCCCUGAAGAGAAUCUUGCGGCCAGUCAUCUCCGGAAAUGCUAUCUACCAAGAUGCAAUCUUCACUGAGACUAUGGAUACUUUCGAUCGACUUGUUCUGACAGAGGCUACCCCCAUUCAGACUGUUAUUGUUGAGAUUGCUCAGAACCUAUCCUUGGACCACCCAGCAGCAAAGGGUGAUCAGGAGCGCAACGAUCAUUUGUCGGAUGAUAUAGAACAACUAUUCGAGUUGACCAGAAGUAUCAUCCUUGUUCUGGCCGGAAUGCUUCCUAAUCUCCGCGAGUCGACACCUCUUGCACGAUUCAACAUCACCUCAGAUGAGUCUCUGACGCUCAUUCGCCUGGCGCUUCGCUCCUUGGUCGAUGUUGCAUCCGUAUUCCCAUCAAUUAUUCGCAAUGAUCUCCAUGCUUGCAUCCUGCACAUCUUCACAACAAUCCUCGCCACAGGGAUCUGCCAAACGGGUGUUGUCCCUCAAGCCCUUCCAAUCUUCAGACAGUUCAUCCACGCCAUCACCCACACCACGGAAUCCCCUGAAGACCUCGAAGUCGUGUCUUUCCAGCUUCGCGGGUGCCUCACCCGUUUCCUAACCAUUCUCACCAUCGCCCAGCGACGAGAAUCGGAUACCUCCAUCCCCUGCGCCAAGAACACACUACUCGCCAUCACCUUCCUCCUCACAGCCGGAGGCCACGUGAUUCCCCCCCAAGACCCCAUCCUCAUUAAAGUUCUAAACGAGCUCUUCGACUGUCUCCAGGAUGUCGGUCUCGCCACCGUAGCAGCCAGCUGCAUCCGUUCGAUCCUCGUCAAGCCGGGGCCGCGGUCCCCCACCGACGAAGUAAUCAGCCGCUAUCUCACCCCGCGCCUGAUCGCCUUCUUCGUCGGCUGUCCUCUGGACAACGGCGAUAUCCCCAGCGACCCGGAAAAUUCCCGCACAGUAGUCGGUCGCACGCUCGUGUCAACAAUCUCGAACGGAACAUUCUCUGCCACCGAGCUCCCGGCCGCUAUCUCCCUCGUCAUGUCUGCUUUGUUGGCUCGCGCCAAGCGUGAGGGCGAGUCCGUGCACCAGGAGUCGGCCGGUCAUCUCCUUGAGCUUGCUAAAGCUGAUCAGCUCACUUUCAGGACGUUGGUCGCCUCUAUGAAUGCAGAGCAGAAGUCGCUUCUGGAGGAGGUUCUGCGUAGUGCGGGUGUUGGUGCUGUUGCUUCUAAGACUGUCGAAGCGGAUAAUACGCCUCAGGCUGCGCCGAGUAUUGCAUUGCGUAUGGAUUUCUAG